AUGCUAUUGCCCAAGAAUGGCGUCUCAUGGAAGGCGGCUCAGGCCAGGCUGCCUCCCACCAGAGCCAUCUGGACUUUUCUUACACGCACCCGCUUCCUGUUGGUCGUCGCCAUAGUCGGCCUCGUUAUCUUGUUAUGGAGGGGUGUCACAGGUACUGCUGAAGACCUGCAAAAGUUCUACUGCUUCGGUCCGGCCAAGUCGCCCAUGCAAAUGACACCGAACGAGCAGAUGCUAUGGACCGGAAGCCUACAAACCCCCGUCAUCUUCAACCACCACGCUCCCGUCGAGAUCAACCACACCACCAUCAGCAGUAUCGAUCUUAACCCCAUAAAGAGCACGAGACAAGCCCUCGACAACAAGGAGCGCGUACUCCUGCUCACUCCUCUCCGCGACGCUGCCCCCUACAUCAACGACUACUUCGAUCUGAUCUCGCAAUUGACCUACCCCCACGACCUGAUCGAUCUCGCUUUCCUCGUCGGUGACAGCACUGACGACACCCUCGCCGUCCUCUCCAAGGAACUCGAGCGCAUCCAAAAUCGCCCCGACUCGAUCCCCUUCCACAGCGCUACCGUCGUUCAGAAAGAUUUCGGUGUUCAUUUGAGUCAAAACGUCGAGGACAGACACGGUUUCGCUGCUCAGGGUCCUCGAAGAAAGGCAAUGGGCAAGGCUAGAAAUUACCUUCUUAGCGCUGCUUUGAAGCCUGAACACAGUUGGGUUUACUGGCGCGAUGUCGAUAUCAAGGACAGCCCUUCCAAGAUUAUUGAAGACUUUAUCGCUCACGAUCGCGAUGUCCUUGUUCCUAACGUCUGGUUCCACCGCUACGAGAACGGCCGUGACAUUGAAGGAAGAUUCGACUACAACUCAUGGCAAGAAUCCGACAAGGGUCUCAAGCUGGCCGCCUCGCUCGACAAAGACACCGUCCUGGCAGAAGGUUACAAGGAGUACGACACCGGCCGCACAUACAUGGCCAAGAUGGGCGACUGGCGCGAGGACAAGGACGUUGAGAUCCCACUGGACGGCAUCGGCGGCGUCAACAUUCUCGUCAAGGCCGAUGUGCACCGCUCCGGUAUCAACUUCCCUUCGUACGCAUUUGAGAACCAAGCCGAAACAGAAGGCUUUGCAAAGAUGGCCAAGCGUGCGGGCUACGGUGUUUAUGGAUUGCCGAAUUACAUUGUGUGGCAUAUUGAUACGGAUGAGAAGCCUGGAAACGCGUAG